AUGCAUAACUACAAACAUUUAGCAUACCAGUCAGAUGAGCAAGACAGGUUUGGCAAACCAAUGGUGUGGAUUGGGGUCUAUAUCGCUUUGGCAUCUCUGUUUUGCAUCCUGCCAAUGGUCGUUGAUUUAGUACAUGGUUUGAGAAACAAAAAAUUUUGGUUCCCCUGUAAAUACUUCACCCUCAAUGCUGCUUCUCUCUCUGUCAUAGCGGUUGCAAUGAAGUUACCUAUGGAUCUCAACAAUCAAAUGCCAGGUAUUGUGGACCAAUCUGCAGAGAUUGGAAGCAUGGCCUUUAUGUGCACCAUCAUGGCUAAUUUAUUGCCUUCUCUAUCAACCAUGGACAGCAAUGAACUUCUCACAAACAUCAUAGCUUUGGGUGUUCUCGUAAUUACCUUGGUGGUGAAUGUUUGCAUCCAAAUAACAACUGGUGUUGUUAGCUCGGAAAGUUUUGCUCUAUGGUUUCAAUUUGCUGGUGGUGCUACUGGUUUUCACACUAAAGAUCUUUACAAGAUUAUUGCAAUCAUUUAUGUGGCUAUGUUACUCAUGUUGCUAAUGAUACAUACAUGUUCAUCUUUAGCUAUUCUAAUGUCCAAACACAUACUUGAAGUGAAAUACCAAGCAGGUCAUCAAACAGCUGUAAAGGACCAAGAGCUUCAACAACUAAGAAGAUUAACCGUUGAGAAGCUAAAGCAGCAUGUGAGCAACUACUGUAUCAUGGCAGCAACUGGCAGCCCCCAAUUCAUGACAACUUGCUCUACUACAACCUCUGCUUCUGGGGUAAUAUGUGCAAUAAGUACUGCAAUACACUUUUUUAUGAUGUUUGUCAUACGUUUACGCAUGAAGGACUAUGACUCAGAUUAUAAGUGGUCGACUUCAAUGAUUCUUAUAAUACAAUUUUCUGGAGUUAUGUUGGGUUCAAUUUCCCCAGUUUCUAGAUGUUUUGCAUCCUUGAGCUUUAAGUUGUCCAUAAAAUGGAUUUGGAACCAUAUCAAGGUCUUUAAAGUAGAGAGCUAUUGGACCGAGAAGUUAUGUGAUUGGAAACAUAGUAGUGUACCAUUCACAUUCUGUAGCCGCAAAUGCAAGGUUGUCAUCCAGAAGUUGAAAAUCCUAAUUCUCAACUUUUGUAUAGGAGUUCAGAAGGUAGUUGUGGUAGCAUGCAAGAUCAUAGGGUUGGUCCCAAUUUUCUUAGUGAUAUUGGUCUUGUAUUGUUUCCAUUGUUGGAAGUGGUUAAAGACCGUGUUUAGUGCCUCAGGUAAUGUGCAGGGGAGUAGGCUAGAACAAAAUAAAGUUCUUAGCCCGUAUGUUUUGCAACUCCAAGACAAUAUGAACCUUGCUGAGAGAACAUUGAAAAGCAUUUCAAAAUCUGUGAACAGCUUCAUCCAAAGGGCUGAAAAACAACAACCCAACCAUCUUAUGAGGCUUCUAGAAAAAUCUAGAGGUUUUGAAGGAGUUGAAAAGUAUAACAGCGAUCUUGUUCCACCUUUACUUGCUCAAGAUUUCCUGGAUUGUUGGAGCCUACCAUUGGUAACCCUCACAACCAUCGCCAUUUCUCUACCUAAUAUCCAAAACGACAUGGUUGAGAACUUGCUAAGCAGUGUGAGUGAGGGUCUUGUAUAUGUCAAACUUGUGGAAGAAAACCUCAAUGCUACUGAAGACUAUGAAAGCAUUCAAAAGGCGGCUAAAACAUUGUGGUUAGAGGUUGAAGUCUAUCACAGGUGGUUUGGAAACAGGUUGCAGAAACCUGUACCUCAAGUGAAUACAGCCGAAAAGAUUCUUCAAUGGUUCAGGGAUACAGCUAAAAACCUGGUCACCGAAAUGGAACAGAAGGAUAUAGGAGGCAGAAAUGACGAUUCCAUGUGCAGGUGUAUUUCUGCCAAUUCAAUGUAUCGUAUCACCGAGACAAUUCUGCUUUCCUACCAUGCAAACACUGAUGAGGUUAGCCAAGAGGAACUAUUUGAGAAAUUAUCCUCAAUGAUAGCGGACAUACUGGCUGCUUGCCUCACCAACUUACCUCGACUCAUAGCAAUAAAAUGCCACACAAGUGCGAUAGAGAAAAGGGAAGCAAGUGUGCAUGCUGCAGCCCAACUUCUGGGUGAGACUAUGCAGAUAAUCAAUAGUCUCGAAGAUCGUGAACUUCCAAGCUUGAAUCCAGAUGAGUUGGGUUUUCUUGACAAGUGGAAUCUGUUUAGGGUUUCGGUUUCGGGUUCGCUUCUAACUAACGGUGAACGGGAAAAAAAGGAUUUUUACCUUAACAGGUUCCCCAACAGGGAUUGGGGAAACCGCAGGGACCCGAUGGGGAUCGGGGAGGUCACAGGGACGGUUUUAGUUAUCGGUUUCGAGGACGAGGAUACCAAUAACCGGCCCGAACCUGACCCGUUGCCAUUCUUAGUUUUAAACGAGAUCGAGCAUAGCAGAGUAGAGCAAAUCGAGAUACAACGUCAAUGA